GACCUCCUGCUCCCGGUCCUUUGACAGCUGCUGUGUGUAACGGAAGACAUUUUGAGCUGCUGCCGUCGGUCCGGUUCGGUAGUGGGACUAUCAGGCUGGGUUCGGGACUAGGUGCUGAAGAUUCGGUGAAAUCAGAACAGAUCUGUCGGGACACCCGGUGUCGUUUCAACUAGCGGAUGUGUAGUCAGUUACAAAGAUAGUAAAGUCCUGGAUGCUAGUUAGUUAGCGUCACCUAGCCGGCCUCCUCCUCCUCCUCCUCCUCCUCCUCUUCUUCCUCCUCCUCGGCAGUCUGUCCCUUCUGUCAGACACAAUGGCUUUAAAACGAAUUUCUAAGGAGCUAACCGACCUGUCCAGAGAUCCUCCGGCCCAGUGUUCUGCCGGGCCCGUGGGUGAAGACAUGUUUCACUGGCAGGCUACCAUCAUGGGUCCUCCCGACAGUCCGUACCAGGGCGGCGUGUUUUUCCUCACCAUUCAUUUCCCCACAGAUUACCCCUUCAAACCACCCAAGGUCGCCUUCACAACCAGAAUUUAUCACCCAAACAUCAACAGUAACGGCAGCAUCUGCCUGGAUAUCCUGAGAUCUCAGUGGUCUCCAGCAUUAACCAUCUCUAAAGUCCUUUUGUCCAUUUGUUCUCUGUUAUGUGACCCGAACCCAGACGACCCGUUAGUGCCAGAGAUCGCCCGCAUCUACAAAACAGACCCCGUCAGGUACAACAAGACGGCUCAGGACUGGACUCAGAAAUACGCCAUGUGAUAGGCCGCCUGCUGGAACCACCUGUUCGGAUUAAGCCCCGCCCCCUCUCAUCUCACCUGCAGUUUGUUCACAUUCGUCUUCACCUGCGAUGCUUUUAAACUCUGCCAGAAACCCGAGCGAGCGAGCGCGGCGCCGCGGACUCACCUGGCAGGUGAUCCUGGCAGGCGGGGGGCGGGCUCAUCGGUGCAUGUCAGUGAUUGGUUCAUGUUUUUAAAAAAAAGACAAACCAGUUUCUUCAGUUUGUAGCUUUUUGUUUUAGUUUUCAGACCAGAGCUGUUAGUUCAUCCGUCACCCGACCCGACCCGUUCUCCUGUUUUUGCACUGGAAACCCAAACUGAAGCCCCUCCCACUACUGAAGCCCCUCCCACUGCGGCUGAUCGAUCAACUACGAGCUCUGUCACCGUUUUCUCAAUAAAGUUCAACAAACCGCA